AUGAUUGCCGCCCCCCCAGUAGAUGCGGCAGUGGCAGCAGCAUUGAGGGGGAGAGAGGCGGACUUGCUCCCUCCGCGCCCAUCAGUGACUUGCAAGCGAUGCUCAGCGCUUGACGCUGAGGCGGUGCCGCGGGCGCAACCAGUGCGUGCUGGCACAGCAGCAGCAGCAUUGAGGGCACCACCGCUGGGUCACGCCUUUGAAGCGAGCAGCGCUGGUGAGAGGCGAGCAGAGGCCUGCCGUGGGGCUCGAAGAGGGGCGUCUCCUGUUGCCGCCCGGAGUGGUUUGAUUGGCCCAUCCUCGUUACAGUCUUAUGCGUUACAGGAACGUGUGCCUGCUCCAACCACUCCCCCACCUGCCCACCAUUGCAUCCAUUUCACCCCCAUUGUCUCGCACCAUACCACUCAUGCCGCCCAUGCCGCCCACGUCUUGGAUGCCGCCCAGGCCAGCUACUGUAGCCGCCCUGCGGUGCACACCGGCAGCAUCCCCUCCCCCACCAAUCCGCCAAUCCGCAUCCCCCAUGCUCCCUCUGCGCCAUGCCAUGCCCUCCCCCUCCCCGACCGCCUCUUGCCCCCCACCCCCCAGCUCCCCCCAUCCCAUGCCCUCUCGCCCCAACUGCCGCUCCUUCUAGCUACCUCCCCCCACUGUCCUCUCCAAAACUCCCCUUCCCCUUCCGCUUCCCCUUCCCAUCCUUUCCCCCAUUCCCCUUCCCAUCCCUUCCCCCAUUCCCCUUCCCAUCCCUUCCCCCCUUCCUCUCCCCAUCCCAUCCACACUCGAUCCCCCCCUUCCCCUUCCCAUCCCCUCCGCGCCCAUGCUCCGCCUAUGCCCCUCCUCCCUUCCAUCCCCACACUGCGCCAAGCUGCCUUCACCCUGGACCAAUGCCUGGUUGACACGUGUACCAACAGGUCCCGCAACCCUUGGCGCAAUUACCCCGUUCCGCCUUUCUUGCAAACUCCCCGUACCGCGCACAUAUUCGCCACUUCCGCAAUCCUUUGA